AUGUCAAGGAUGAGAAGCAGUUCUAUGAGGUUAAGAAAUGUAUCAAAAGAUAGUAAAUAUUCUCUUUCGAAUUCUAUUCUACACGCCCAAAUUUCAUCUCUGAUUAUAACUCUUCGACUCCAAGUGCAAACGUUUAACGACUGUUUAUUUUUCUUGGAAAAGCUACCCUUAUUAGAAUCUUUUGUUGUCGAAUGUUGUCGUGUCGAAUCAUCGUCAAUAUCAUCAUACUUAGAUAAAGUGCGCGAACAUUUAAAACGCUUCUCAUCUUCCUUAAUCGAGAUCACCAAAUGUUAUCGAACAAUCGCUCAAUUAGUGGCAUCAUUACAUUCUUUAGAAUAUUUGUUAUUAGAUAUUGAAUGCUUUCGAUUACCAAGAUUUUAUCCUUUUCUUGAUGGUAUUUCGUUUGAAGAUGAUUUUCCCUCACGGCUACCAAAUUUAAAAAAAUUCUCUUUCCAUGUAACCACAUGGUCCCAAAACAAUUAUAAUCAACUAUCGACAGACUUUAUCAUGCAGACAUUUCAACGUCGAUAUUGGCAAUUAUUGAAAACUAUUGUUCAUUGUUCUAUUCAUUAUUUUCCUAAUCAUGAACGUCCGCUGGGUAAACGUGAAAUAUAUUCAUUGCCCUAUGCUUUUGAUCGUUCCUGA